AAACACAAAUAAAUAAAUUAAAAAUAAUAAUAAUAUAAAAAAAAAGUAAAUAGAAUCCAGCACCACCGCAGCAAAGGCGAAAAAAAGCGUGCAGAGGGAAAUGAGAUGAAGUGGUUUCAAGUGACCAUAGAUAUGAUUCUUGUGCUUUCAUUUAUAUCAAGCAGCACAGCGAAUCCGGAUGCGAAACGAUUGUACGACGAUUUGCUGAGCAACUACAACAAACUGGUCCGGCCGGUGGUUAAUGUUACGGACGCUCUCACCGUUCGCAUCAAGCUGAAGCUAUCCCAGCUGAUCGAUGUCAAUCUGAAGAACCAAAUAAUGACCACCAAUCUGUGGGUGGAGCAGUCCUGGUACGACUACAAGCUCAAGUGGGAGCCCAAGGAGUAUGGCGGCGUCGAGAUGCUACACGUCCCCUCCGAUCACAUAUGGCGUCCGGACAUUGUCCUCUACAACAACGCCGAUGGCAAUUUUGAGGUGACCUUGGCCACCAAGGCCACAUUGAACUACACGGGACGGGUGGAGUGGCGCCCUCCGGCCAUUUAUAAAAGCUCCUGCGAGAUCGACGUCGAAUAUUUUCCCUUCGACGAGCAAACCUGCGUCAUGAAAUUCGGCAGCUGGACCUACGAUGGCUUUCAGGUGGAUCUGCGGCACAUCGACGAACUGAAUGGCACCAACGUGGUCGAGGUGGGCGUAGAUCUGUCCGAGUUCUAUACAUCCGUGGAAUGGGAUAUCCUCGAAGUUCCUGCAGUGCGGAACGAAAAGUUCUAUACGUGCUGCGAUGAGCCAUAUCUGGAUAUAACCUUCAACAUAACGAUGCGUCGGAAGACACUCUUCUAUACGGUCAACCUGAUUAUACCCUGCAUGGGCAUCAGUUUCCUCACCAUCCUCGUGUUCUACUUGCCAUCGGACAGUGGCGAAAAGGUCUCAUUAAGCAUAUCCAUUCUGCUGUCGCUCACUGUGUUCUUCCUGCUUUUGGCGGAAAUCAUUCCGCCCACAUCGCUGGUGGUGCCGCUCCUGGGAAAGUUCGUCCUCUUCACCAUGAUACUGGAUACCUUCAGCAUUUGUGUAACGGUGCUAGUGCUCAACAUCCACUUUCGUUCGCCGCAAACUCACACGAUGGCGCCCUGGGUGCGGACCGUGUUCAUCAACCAGCUGCCCCGUUUCCUCGUCAUGCGGCGUCCCCUCUAUCCGAUCAGCGAAAUGAUCAAAUCCUCGCGCCGACUGAUGGUGCGCACCUGCAACGGACUCGAACUGAGGGAUCAAAUACCACCGCUGCCACCGCCGGUGGCCUUGUCGCGCAUGCACCACAGCCCCAAGACGACCUCGCGCAGCACCUCCCCGCUGGCGCACCGCGUCCAGAACCUCAACUUGAUGGACGACUGCACCCUGGGCGGCAUGGGCAUGGGAAUGGGUGGAGUUGGUGGCGGAGUGGGAUGUGGUGCAUCCACCAUUACGGGCCACCUGAGCUCACUAUAUCCGCCGACCAUAUCGACGGUGAACCAACAGACGUCGACCACCUCGUCGCUGAUCGACGCCCAGUACCACAAUCAGUACCAGCAGACGGGGGGAUCGCUGCUGGACCACCCACUGACGCCCACCAAGUUCCGCCAGAUGACCUCCACGUCCAGCCAGACGGGCAAUGGGAAUGGCAGUGGAUCGAGUGGCGGAGGAGCCAACAAUGCCAACAACAAUAGCAACACCUAUGGCCACCACCUGUACAGGCAGCAGUCGAGUUGUUCGGCCAACUUUUCGCCACUCCCCCAGCACGCCCAUCAGUCGCAUGCCAGCACCAUGACCUCUGACCUCGGCAUGGGCAUGGGCAGUGGCGGUGGAGUUGGUGGGUGUGGCGGUGUCUCCAUGGGUAAUCCAAAUGUGAUAAAAUCAACGACAACGGUCAACUCGGUGGCCACUGCCUCCACUUUGGCGGAUUCCUGCUGCAGCGGCACCAUCCAGAUCCAUCAGGGCAUGGGCGCCGGAGCGGCAUGCCAAUCCUCGGAAUUGUUGCACCACCAGGUGAGUGGUCAGGUCCUAAUGCACCACCAUCAUCACCACCAGCAACAGCAACAACAGCAACAACAACAGCGACCCACCACAUCCGCAGCAGCGGCGGCAGCAGCAGCCGCAGCAGUGGCCGCCGGCGGUCCAAGCACUUCAGCCGCCGCAGCAGCAGCAGCAGCCGCGGCAUCCGCCGGAGGAGGAUGUACUCCGCCGCCACCGCCACCGCCGGCCGGCGUCUGUGAUAUACUGCCCGCCUGCCAGCGUGAGGGCGGGCCGCACUGCUGCUCGGGGCGGGGCAAUGUCCGACAUCGCUGGCACACCUGCCCGGAGCUACACAAGGCCAUGGACGGGGUCACCUAUAUAGCGGAUCAGACCCGCAAGGAGGAGGAGAGCACAAGGGUGAAAGAGGACUGGAAAUAUGUGGCCAUGGUGCUGGACCGCCUGUUCCUGUGGAUCUUCACAAUAGCGGUGGUGGUUGGGACCGCUGGCAUUAUCCUGCAGGCGCCCACUCUGUACGAUACCCGGGUACCCAUCGACAUAAAGCUCUCGGAGAUCGCCUCGACGACGGCCAAGCCGAAUGUGGUGAGGCCGGUGUUGUAAGCCUCAAGGAUAUUAUACCAAGGCUCCAUUAUACCCAUUAUAUCCUACUAAUACCCCCUAUCUCUUAACCUCUAUCUAUCCUCCACCCUCACC